AUGGAGGAUGUGCGCCCCAGCACAUCCGAGAUCGCAAAACCGAUGCUUGACGCUAGAAUCAGCAUCAGUGAUUUGGAUAAUGAUGAGGACAAAGAGAAUUCGGGAAGUCAGGAUGGGGAGAAACGGAUUCAAAAUAUCGCAAACGAGCCGGCAGAUAAGGAAAAUGGACCGGGAGAUCAGCCAUCUUCUUCCGGCGAAGAGGACGAAGAAAUGGAGGUUGACAAAAACGAUGCUGCCGAAGAGGACCUCGAAGAUGAGGACGGUUCCGAAGAAGACGACGAGGAUUCCGAUCAGAAUGACGAAGAGGGCGAAGACGAGGAGCAGGAGGACGAGGAUGAAGAAGAUGAGGAUGAGGAGGACGAGGACGAAGAGGAGGAAGAUGACGAGCCUCAAAUCCUCAUCAAUCCCGUCGACCUUGGCAGCGUUUGGGGUGUCGAGACGCCAGAGGAGCAGGCGAAAAGGGGCCGUGCUGAGGCCGAGGAAGCCAACUGCCUGAAGCUGUUCGCAAAAGCGGAAGCUUUUUUCAAGGCUGGAAGAAGAAAAACAGCCCGCCAUUGCUAUAGGAAAUGCCUCAAAUACCCGCAGAUUGUCGCUUACACCGAUCCGAGCCACAAUUGGGAGCGUGACCGAGAAUUGUUCCGUGAUGGAAUCGCCCCGAAAACGCUGCACGUCUACAUGGAGAUCGUCCGCAAAAUGGUGCAUUUGGACCCGGCCCGCGCCUUGGAUUACAAUUUGGCGCUUCUAAAAAUCGUGCCACUCGACGGGCGCCGUUGGUUUUCGGUCGGAAUGCAGCGAAUCGAGAUCGGUGACCUCGAAUUGGCGCGCGAGGCGUUUGAAAAGACGUCAUCCCGGGAGGGCAUCGACGCGCUUCUCAGCACCGAUUUUCUUCUAGGAAACUAUGGAUCUUGUCUGGAGAUGUGCGAAGAGCUUCGGGAGCACGACCCGCGCCACAAGAAAGCCCGCUUCAUUCAAAGGAAAAUUCUCCAAGCCGAUCCCGCCAUGAGGGAACGAUUCGAAAUCUCGGACCUCAGCCCGUCGGAGAGCGACGAAGAGUCUUUUCUCGAGAUGGAGCAGCGUCUCGAGAACCUUCGUGCGAAAUUGCGGCUCUCCGACGCGAAGGCUUCAACGUCACAUGAGGAGUCGCUUCACCCGGAGCUGAUUCAGCUGGACGUUGACGAGGAUAUGACGCUUUCCGGUGUGUUGACGCUCUUCUGUGAUCUCUUCGAUCGAAUCGAGGAUCGAUCAUCGUUGAGCACGCAAAAGAUUCUUCUCCGCCCGUGGUGGCCAUGCACGCUGAAAGGAGAUGUUCUUGAUGUCGUCGAGUCGAUUUUGGACACGAUUGAAUGCCUGGAUGACGCUGUCGAGGAGGUGGAAAACCGGCAAGACCAAGCGACGCCCCACACAAGCCCGAAAAAGCCGGAAUACGCCAGCCCGUUGAAAAUGAUGCGGCAGCAGCGGAUUCGCCGACAGAAAAGACCCCGGGACGCCAAUUCGGAUGGUGAGGAAGCGGCUGAAAAAAGUGGUGAAGAAGAGGAGGAGGAAAGCGAGGAGGACCCAGAGAUGUUCCCAUCGGCCGUCGGCUUCUACUGGGGUCACUUCCGGCCGCUGCGUCGUACCCUGCAGCGUCGUCACUCCAGAACCCCGACACCACAUGAGCUCCGCCCAUUCGAAGAUGAUCGGUUGCUGGAAAAGAUUCGCCUGCGUCUUUCAGCCGACCCAGCUGGGCACACGAUUUUCGAAUAUCUAGCCAAGUCGCUGCGCUGUCUGACGGAAAUCUGCCCGGACGAGGGCUUCAUCGAUAAGGACAAUCGGGUCGUCUGGAUUCAGUGUUAUCGGCGCUUCACGGCAAUGUCCUCGACUUUCGACGGCGAAGAAUGGCUGCCGAUUCACGUCCUCUUCUUCGAGCUUGGCGAACCCGAGGCCGAGCGCUACUGCGUGACGUACGAUUUGAGCAAUAACGCCUGGCGCGACCCCACCCUAGCCUUCCGGUUUGCCUGGCAAACGGCCAAAUUCGGCAGCGAACAGGAACGCCUCAAAAAGUUGGCCGACCUGGAGCAGCACCUGCCUUCGGAUUUGUACAUCGGAACGGCGGAUCGCGGCUUCCACCUCUCCGACGUCGUCGCCACGAAAGAGGCUGUCGAGCGAACAAAUCGGUGCAACUCGCUGCAGUCGUUGAAGCAGGCUGGCGAGCACGAGAAGAUUGUAUCCGUAAUCUCGAAAGACGUCGACUUCUCCCACCUCGAGCUCGACGACAUCUUCUACCUCAGCGAAAUGUGGAUGGAAUCGUUACGUACGCUGCAUCAAGAUGAAGAAGCCGUCCAUUUGGCUACAAGAAUCUUUGCCCUCCACCGAAGCGUCGAGCCACUACUCUCCUCCAAGCUCCGCGAGCUCGUCUUCGAUCUGGAGACGAUCGAGUGGGACCACGUGUCGGUGGAUACAAAAGCUGCCCUGGGUUACGAGCUGUCGAAGCUGAUCGAGUGCAAAGAGAUUGUCGGUUGGUGGCCGCUGUGGAAGUUGAUGUACACGAUUGCGCGCGCGAUUGAAGGCCCCGUCACCGUGCCCAUCGUCUCAAAAAUGCUCGAAAACGGGGCUGGUAUGGACGAGGUGCCGUCAAAUGCCCUGUCCGUCUUGGUGAAGGCGCACGAGAAGCUGGGCGACAACCAGUGCUGCUCGCAGAAUAAGGGCGAAUUCCUCGGCUUCUACAUGAACGAGCUGUGGUCGGCGCUGUCCGUGCCCGGCAUCCGAGAGCUGCUCCUGGACGACCGGAACAAGUGGAUGCGCACCAACGUGCACCAAGAGACCGCCCAGCUGCUCCACUGCGCUUUUGGACGGUACACGAAAAAGCGCAAGAAUUUGGACGAGCACGGGCAGCCGCCGAAAUGGGAGGACAAGGCGAAGGCGGACAUCUUGGAGGCGGCCAUCGGCCUUGCGUUGCCGUAUCCACUGCCUGAUUAUGAUGAUGCGGAAAAACUCGGCCACGACGUCAUCGACCUCAUCACGCAGCGUUUCCCGGAGCUCAUGUCGAUUUCGGAAGAGCAACGGGACGUGGUGACGAACUUUGACGCGUGGCUGAAGGUGGCCGAGCUCUCUGAAACUCAGCCAAUGAUCGAGCGCUCACCCUUCAUGUCGUCCAUCUACUACACGCUGGGCCUGCACCAUUACAAGCUCAACGACGACGACCACAACGACCAGGCAGCCAAGUGGAUGACCCUGUUCCUGACGUCGUCCGGCCACACCGCCCACCCGCACGUGAUCCACGGCGCCUGGUCGGUGCUGGCGCACACGCUGGUCGCCCAGCUGUUCAGGCUCGACGACCGGGCCAAGCUCGAGAAUUGGCGCUACAUGUUGCUGCCCUGGCGGUUGGCCAAGAAGGCGAAGAACGAGGACGGCACGACGCCGUUCCUACACGCGCUCUCGCUCUACCAAUUGGCAUCUCGAUUUGGCAGGCUGGCUCGCUCGGUUAGUGAAACGAAAUCCACAGACACCCGCCGAAAUUGUCUACGGGACGUCGUGCAAAUUCGGGAAGAAGCCGUGCUGGCCCUGGAGCAAGCCACUGACCUACCCUCACACCAGCGCGACACCUUCCUCUGGGUGGCCUUUCUCCUGCAAGCGAAGCUCGCCUGGAAGACUGAUCGUCAGAAUAACCUGCCGAAGGUCCUCGACUCAAUCUACGAAUCGGCGUGUGCCCUGCAGUUGAGCGGCUCCCACUACCCGGCCAAGAUAUCCAUCAAACACCAGCGCAACAUCGAGCCCGUCGAAGUGCACUACCAUAUGCACUCGUUUGUCUGGAAGUAUUUGAAAGGGAAAGUCUACACGCGGGAGAACCUCAUCCAUUGCCUCGCCUACCUUCGCGCCAUUCAGAACCAUGGCGUCUGCCGCGGCUCCACGCCCACCCUCUUUGCUGUCGGCGUCGAUCUGCAGCUGCUCGUCCAUGGGAUGAUCGACAAAGUUGGUGCCCAAGAAGAAAGUACCGACGUCAUCGGCUCGGUCGUCGAUGGAAUGCUGUCCACUGUCGAGCUCACCCACGAGCUCUGGAACUUGUGCUGGUCUGGAUUCGAGGUUUGCACGGAGCGCUUCGCCCACCUGAAGGCCAACUACCGGCUGGCGGAGAUGAGCCUGGAGCGGGGCAAUCGAUCCGUGGCCGAGAACCGCAUCUUCAACGGCGUCUUCAAGAGGCCGACCGGCAACAAGGAGGUCAACUUCUUGGAGACGGCGACCGACAUCUCCGACAAGGAAAUCUCUCGCUCGGGCUCGUUCUGCUACCACGUCGCUCGGGCCGUCAAGCUGUCGUUCCGCAUCAGCGAGGCCUCAUGCGAUCACGUGCGCAUCGUUGCGACGUGCAAGGCGUUGCUGAAAUUGACGGCUGUCGAUGAGGAUAGCGAAUGCCUGACUCGCCGCGACCAGCAGCGUUUGUUGGCCCGCGGCUGGCUCUCGCUUCGGAAAGCCUUCGAUAAGCUGAUCGACGACCCGACGUCGCGACCAUCGUGGAGCAAAUCAAUGAGAUUGUCAGUUGCAGGGCUGUGCGACGCGCUCGACGGGGUCGUUUCGAAAAGCAAAGCCAAGGUCGUACCGUGGAUGUACAACCGCGUCAUGGACUUGAUCAAGGAGGAAUUUGGCUCCAUCGAGGCGUAUCUUAGAGACACGGUCAACCGCGCCGCUGCGCAACGGGAGAAGGAGAAACGACAAGCCCUCGCCAAAGCAGCACGAAGGGCCCGCGCAGCUUAUCCGGCUUCGUAUGCGCCGCCCACCAAGCGGGUCGCCUACGAGGAUCAGGUGAUGCUGCUUGCCGAAGCGCAUCUCAACGGCUUCCAGCCGUCGUCAGGGAGCCAACCAUCCACAUCAUCGAGUGCUAGCGCAUCUACCAGUGCCACCCUCCUCGCUGACGCCACCGCCACCAGCUCAAGCGCCUUGCUGGCCAUGUGCGACAAGACGAUCCAAGCCAAGCAGCAGCCGUCCACCUCGGCGGCCAAGCCACUGCCUGUGCGCGCGAUAUCGGCCGCGGUGAAGCCGCCGUCGCGGCCCCGCACGCCUAUCGGGUCCGGAAAUGUCGAGCUGCCCUGGAAGAUCGAUGACUUCAACCCACGGCCUUCAACGGAAGAAUGGGCCAAGUUGCAGCAGGCUAGGGCCAUAGGCACACCUCUGGACUUGGCGCUGAAGGUGUGGGCCGAGAAUUUCGGUCCAGAGUCUCCGCAAGUUCCUCCAAAGGCCAAGCCUCCCGUCCGAGAGAGCAGCACCACCCAGCCGGUCAGCAAGUCUGCGAAUCCAUCUGCGACGAAUGGCUCCACGAGCUCAGCUGCUGCUGGAGGCUCCCGGGCACCACCAACCUCCUCCAUCAACAAGCCGAUCGUACCGCAGACGCAAACUUCAAAGCCCAAGCCCGCAUCCGCGCCAACCGGCAAAAGCGCGACGGACAAGCCUCGCAUCAACUCCAAGUUGAUCGAACAAGCGGAGAGCUUCUUCUUCAACAGUGAAAAUUUCCUGAAGCUGCAGCAAGACCACCCCAAGGAGGCAGCAGGCGUCCGACUUUUCCUGACGAGUGAAAUGUAUAAAAUGAAGUCACCCGAGACGAAGUUUGCCGCUUUGCAGCAAGCGUCCGCGAAGAUAGCCGAACGGCUUGCCGGCGGCGCGUCAACCUCUACGAAGACCACGAGCUCGUCGUCGGCCUCUACCGCGAAUGGAUCCACUUUCCGCGCGACUACAUCAACGACACAGGGCAACGGCCAGGCCUCGGGAAUCUUUGCCAGGAAUAGCGGCGCUAGUACAUCUACAGCCCAAGCGACCCCUCCAAACCCGACAAAGCCGAAGAUUCAGAAGCCGAAGGUCCAACAGGCGGUCACGCCAAUGGCUGGCCGUCCUCCAUUCAAGAAGCCGCCCGGCCGAGCCCCGCUCCCCCCUGGAAUGCAGCCCGCCGGCUCGAGCUCCACGGCGGCUUUCCAGCAGUUUGUGGACACCCCGUCGACGUCCGAUAGGGAACGAUAUCUACAGACCAUAUCCCGUAUGAUUCCCGCGUCUAUAAAUAGACCCAGCACCUCCACGACGUCGCCUGCCGCGCGUCCGACCGCGCCGGCGCCGCAGCGCGCCAAUUCGACGCCCCAAAAUGCGCUGGGCCAGAAGAGGACCGUUCAGCAAAUGUCGGCGGGUGCCCAAAGCCUUUACCAAAUUCCCAACGCCUCCAACAUGACUCCGGAACAGCUUAGCGCCUUUCUACGUCAAAUGUGCACCUCGGCUACGCCGAGCACUGUCGUCAAGAAGCCGCGCGUCGACAACCCGGAAGUCAUAGAUGUCGAA